AUGGACGCAUUAUUGAAUCCACUGGUGAUGGCUUAUUUAUCGGUUGUAAUAACGUGUGCAGUGGCGGGUAUUGUGAUAAUCGUUAACGGAGUUUUAUUGUGUGCACUCGAACAUGGUGAAAUUACAAUCGAAAUCGCAAGAUGUGAGGAGAAAUUCGUUUGCGCCAUAAAGGCAGCAAAAUUUGCCGCGGUACUGAAUCUCGAGAACAGUUUAUCACUUCCAAUGGCAGCAGUUGUUACAAUUUCUGAAAUUAGCGGUCUUUCAAUGGAUCAAGUUGUUGGUGAGUACGAUAAGGAUUCAAUGGAAAGAAGAGCGAUUAUAUAUUCGGUAAUUGGAAAUGACCGAUUGACGAAAGAUUUCAUCGAAAGUUGUCCUAAAUUCCUGCAAGGUGGCUAUAAGGAUGAGGCGCUUUUACUUAAGGAUAAAUUAUGA